CGUGAUGAUCGGGACGGUGGUGGCCAUGUCGGGCGGCGGCUCGCUCAGCAACUCCGACUUCCUUGGCGGUUGGCCGUCGGUCUUCUACAUCUUCGGCGGCCUCGGGGUCGUGUGGGGCGUCCCCUGGUUCCUCCUCGUGCACGACCGGCCGGAGCACCACCCGAGGAUCAGUCCGGCGGAGAUGGACUACAUCAGGAGGCACCAGAGUACUGUUAAACGCGAAGAGAAAGUCGCCAUACCUUGGUUAGACAUUCUGAAGUCCGCGCCCUUCUGGUCCCUCAUGAUAGCCUCUCUGGGCUACAACUACGGCUUCUACACUCUGCUCACCGAACUGCCCACUUACCUCAGCAACAUCCAGCACUUGGAUAUGGCGAGUAGCGGCUUCAUGUCCGCUCUGCCGUAUCUGGUCAUGAUGGUUGCGACGAUCCUCUGGGGUCAGCUGAUGCACCUUCUCUUAUCAGCUGAUAAGAUUUCGGUGCUCAUGGUCAGGAAGGUCUCCACAGCUGUUUGCAUGUACGUCCCGAUGGCGGCGCUGGUCGUGCUGUGCUUCGUGGGCUGCGACGCGGGGCUGACCCUGGCGGUGCUGUGCGUGGCGGUGGGCGCGAGCGGCACCAACUACAGCGGCGUGUCCAUCUCCGAGCAGGACAUCGCGCCCAACCUCGCCGGAACGCUCAAGGGCAUCACCAACACCGUGGGCGCCGCGACGGGCAUCGUGGCGCCGCUGGUCACGGGCGCCAUCACGCAGGGAAAUCAAACGUUGGGUGCCUGGCGUAUCGUGUUCCUGAUCUCCGCAGCUCUGUAUUUCGUCGUCACCACCGUCUACCUGCUCUUCGCUACGGACAAGGUUCAGCCCUGGAAUUUCCCAAAAACGGAAAAGGAUUCUAGAAGGUUUUAAGGCGUGGAAUCUUUUAAAAUCUGUGAACAACGGACCCCUACGCAUCUACACGCAACCUACGCCCCCAAAGUACACUCAUAGCCUAAGUGUUUACACCCUCUGCGGACGAGGGCGAGACGGAGAGUGAAUCAGGGACUACGCUAUCUGACCGGAAACUACUGUGAGGCUGAACGACCAUUUUAUCCACUGAACCCGAAGACUAGAAGGGUGUGCCAUUCGUUGAACCCCAAAGUCGAUGGUUCCACACAUAUUGAGCUAUUUUGGGUCGAAGAAAUGCACGAGAGAUUGAACUACAACCCAAAACAAACUAAGAUGUUGAACUACGAGCUUACUUACUUUUUCCAAAGACUAUGCACGGACUGAAUUUCUGAACUGCUACGACUUUGCAUAUAUAGACUACAAUAUAGACUUUGCACAUACCGACUACAAUAGCCAAAAAAGUACUGAAACCGGGAACUAAUAUUAAGAUUACAAUGGCAGGGAACUCCUCGACGAUUUACUGCAAUGGUAAUACAUCUUUAUCACUGUAUUCUGUACUCCUGUGAUACAUUAAAUAUUUAAUGACAAGGGAA